AUGAAUCGUGCACGGAAGUUGUGGAUGAUCAACGCCUGGGCUGUUGCCUAUCUACUACGGAACGUGUUCUGUUUGCCUUGCGUGACGAUCUCAUACCCGCGGGGUAAACUUGUAACAAAACCCAGUAAAAUAGCUCACCGUGUACUGCAGGGCCUAAAAUUUGUGUUGCUAAUAGUUUCGAUCGGAAUAGGCGGCUACUGGAAUCUAUCACUAACGUUCAGCUCCUAUGGCUCUCAGUUGCUGGAAAGUACAGUGUCCCAAAGGUUCUUCGAAAUAGAGAAAGUAGUUUCCUACGGCUUACCAUUACUGGUGAUGGUUGGAAUUUAUUACCAUCGAAUGAAGAAUGGGUCUAUGGUGCGACGUUUAAAUCAAGAAUUGAAAUUGCUCGCCUUAAGAGCCGGUGCUUCUCAGAACUUCGUGCAAAAUUGGAGUACCAGUAGCAAAUGGGACCGAUAUGGGCGGUUAAUCGUGAAGCAAACAAUCGAACUGAUAGCCCUCUGUGUGUUAUGGGCAAACCUGAGCGAUACACGGUGCGAGGCUAGUGGACAGAUGAAUGUAAGCAUAAUAAUUUCAUCACUGAUGUCGAUACUGCCAGCCACCAUCCUUUUGCUGGUAUCCGUUGAGAUGGGUAUCAUAUUUUCUUUUAUGGCCCUAUCGCUAGCCAAUUUAAAUCGAUCCCUCGAUAGAUUUGUAGUUGGACGCACCCCCAUCGAACCCGGAACAUUCGGUCUUCAUGAUCGUACACGACAUGAAGAUACUUUACUUCGUGAAUCAGCCCGAUUCGGUGCGGCUGGGAACAAAGUGUUGCGCAAUCUAAUUAUGCAAUACGACAAGCUGGUCGAUGUGGUAGCAAUCGUGGUGCAAUUUUAUUCUCCAACUUUGCUCCUCAUCAUAGGAAUGCAUUUUGUGCAGUUCACCAUGCAGCUUUUUCUGUGCUAUGGGAAAAUGUCCAGCACGACCAGUGAAUCCGUGAACAAUGAUAAACUUGGCCAAACACUGCUACCGUUGGUGUCGGCCGCCGCUAGCCUAAUUCAAAUGUUUUUCAUCAUUGAUACGACGGCUGAUUUCAAUCGUAAGAUUGGUGAUGAUACUGUGGCCAUUUUGGAUUUGAUGACCAAAUACAACUCGGAAUGUUUAAAGUUGACUGCCAACAAUGCUUACAAGACAAAAAAUUUUAAUCAAAGCUUGGACAUUCUUUUCCUUAUUGUCAAUAGGGCACGAAAUGACACCACACUAUAUGAAUAUUUUGACCUAGAUCAAACACUCGUUAUGACCAUAAUUGCAUCGGCUUGCUCGUAUUUCAUCGUUUUAAUUCAAGUAAUGUAA